UACAGCAGCUCAUCACAUGAUUCUUCUCUUGUGACAAUCCAGACAGAAAGGAAAACCUUCCUCACUUCCAGCUGAGUUACAAGGUGCUGCGAUGAUAGAUUACUGUUGUUUUGGUACCAGAGGACCAACCGCGGGGAGGGAAAUGGAGUUAAGUUAACCAUUACCAGACUGACUCAGCUCAUUCCUGUCUCGAAAAGUGGACAUUUGGUAAAUUUUUUUUGGGGGGGGUUGUUGCGCCGAGGGGGACAAAGUUGGCGCAUGGAGAGGGACGAAGUUUCAUUUUGGCGCAGCGUCUUUUCUUUGUUUUCUUUGUUUUUGUCGCCACUGUGUCGCACGGCAACAAAAGCCAAGUAAGCCGGAGUUGUUGGUUGUUGUUUUUUUUAUUGUUGUUUUUUUUUUCACCCUUUUUCGGUCGCCGAGUUUAUUUAAGUUGAGGACGGAAGAAAAACGAGACAACUCGAGGACGCAUUACGUCGGGUGAGAUGGUGGACAGCAAACCUCUUCUCCAGGACAGACCUCCCGCCUACAACGCCGUCCCCGGGGCUUAUGAGUACGGCCCGCAACAGCACAGCUAUGGGGCCAUCCCGCAGCCGGCCCCGCCGCCUUACCCGUACCCCGACGGCCAAGGAUACCCAUCAGCCCAAAUGGCCCCUGCUGUAUCCCAGCAGCCCUACACUGGGACUUACACCAUCAUCCAACCCUCUGUAGUGGUGGUGGGAGGCUGUCCUGCCUGCAGAGUUGGUGUCCUGGAGGAUGACUUCACUUGCCUGGGGAUCCUGUGUGCCAUCUUCUUCUUCCCCCUGGGGCUCCUCUUCUGCUUCGCACUGCGUCAGAGAAGAUGUCCCAACUGUGGCGCCACAUUUGGCUAGAAGGACCAAACCACAGCUCAUGCACCUGCUCAUGCUCCCAUGCAUACACACACACACACACACUCACACACACACACACACACAAAACCCAGCAUAUUUGUGUCUUUUAUCUUAUGUUUUCUUAAUAUUGCACAUGUUGCUGUUGCCAUUAUGUUUAUGUACAACAAAUGAUCAAGAUAUUACCAUGAAUUAUGACUCGAGUUUUUAUUAGAGGCACGUGUAGAAAUCUAUUUUCAUCUGCGAGUUGAGGAUGUAUUCUAGCAUAUGUAAGUGUCCAGCUGUUGUCAGUGCCUUCACUACAUGCUGAGUGAUCAUCAGAGAUUCUAUCAGUCAUGAUUUCUUGUGUAGAUUUAGCUCAGUUAUCAGAGGAUCUGAGCAGAUUCCUUCAUGUUUUCGACAAGCCAGAAUUAACUGAGGCACAUGUAGUUUCUGUGCCCGACUUUCAUUUUUCUUUAUCUUUGCUGGCACACGUUGCGUAUGUUUGGUUAACAUUGUGCUUAGUAACAUUGUACUCACCACAGCAUCCAUGUUAGAUCACUGAUGUAUUAGCCUUUUCUGGAAAUGCAAACCUUUUUUUCUAAUUCUUUUUUUUUUUUUGGCUCAGUGUGUCACAUGGAUUAACGCAUACAACAUGUAUUAAAAAAAAAAAAAGACGUGUAAAGAUCCUUGGACGUGAACUGUCCCGGCUGGAACAAUGGACUCGCCUCAGACAGAAAGCCUGCACCAUUUUGUCUGUUUUUGUUGAUAUUUUUUUUUCUUGGGGCCAUAUUUGCACUGACCGUUUGUUUGAUUAUUCUGCUGGGUUGUGCUUUUUUCCAGGGCCAAUGCAGACCUCAGGUACAUACAAUCUGAAAUGCCCUUGACUUUACAACCUCAAUCACUGUUUGACUUCGUACUUCUACCUACUCUAAGAGGACUCUUUAUGUCAAAGCGCAGACUCCUCCUUUAACGUGCGGAGUUUCACUUCAAGGAAAGCAUGCCAAGAGCAAAAGCUGAAGAGAUCUCUGAAUAAUGUGUAUAAUCUCUGGAUUUUUUCUUAGUACUCUACUCUGUGACAAGUCACCCUGCCCCAUUCUUCCCAACCAGACAAUCAAUUGAGAAUGUCUAUGUCCCUGUAUGUGCAGUAUAUCCAUGUCUACGUCUUCCAUCACAGCAAGAUGUUGUAUAAUUGUCCAUGGCAGAAGAGAAAGAGAUAUAAACUGGGUGGGAGGGAUUAAAAAAAAAAAGAUCUUGCUUUAGAAAACACACUACGCACGCUCUUAUGAUUGAAGUUCUUACUUUUUAUAUAUAAGUUACUGUAAUUAAAAAUGAAUGCUACUUA